AAAACACAAUUAGCAUCCAUCCAUCCGGUAAAAUCCCCCAAUCUCUCUCUCUCUAUCUGCACGCUUUCUCUCACUAAAAAAUCAAUCCCCUUCCCUUCUUCGCCAUCCAAUAACUCGGUAACCGGCGAUCGUCUUUCUCCCAAUCAACGGGACGAGACACGAUCUACCGAGCCUCGGAUAAAAGCUCCCUCACCUCCUCUUUUCCGAUUAGAUUAUAUCCCCCCGAGCAUUAUUGAUUGCUUUCAUGUGAGAGAAGAUGGCUUUCUUUAGGAACUACUCAAACGAUACUGUAGUAUCACCUAGUGUUCUUGACGAAAAUGAGGACAACCCUCCUCCUACUUUACAUCAUCAACAAGGUAUGGAUGAUGCUACUUACACUGAAAGAGGUUUCGACAUGAACUUGGACAUGCAGUAUCCAACUGAAGCAGAGCCAGGAUCUAGUAUUAGGCAUCCAGGGACGACGACGACGGAUAAGGUACCUCUUCCUCCGGGGAGGAGAAUGGGUGUUUCUGGGAAGUGGGGUUCCACCUUUUGGAAAGACUGUCUGCCUAUUGGGCAGAGAGACGGCUCUGAUUAUCUAUCCAACAGCCAAAACUUUGAUUCUGAAAAUGAAAACGAGGAGGAGGAUAAAGCAAUGAACAAGCAGCAGCAGCAGAGUGGUCAAGCUGAUAUUCCAGCUGAGGAGAUGCUUUCUGAUGAAUAUUACGAACAAGAUGAGGAUAAUCAAAGUGACCAUGCGCAGUACAAAGUGUAUGGCAAUGCUACGAAUUCUAGAUCACUGCCCAAGACGGGAUCUUCUAUCGGUAGCAAGUCGAGGACCUCUAGAGCAAUUCAGAAAAAUAUUCACUACGGUGAUGGUAAUGAUGACGACAACGGUGAUGCUGAUAUCGACUAUGAAGAGGAGGAAGAUGAGGAUGACCCUGAAGACGCUGACUUUGAGCCCUAUGAUGCUGCUCCUGGUGGUGAUGCAAGGAAGAAGCAUGACCAAGAUUGGGACGUUUCUGAUGAAGAUCCUGACAGUGAUGAUGAUUUCGAUCUUCCCGAUUCCGAGGAUGACUACGACACAAAAAAGCCUAAGGUUAGGCAACAAGGUAAAGGUUUCCGGAAGUUAAGCUCUGGACUCGAUAGGAAACCAGCCCAGGCUUCUAGUCGUCAAAAGAGGAAACCAUCAUAUCAAGAGGACUUCUCAGAGGAUGAUUCUGACAAUGACAUUGACGAGGGUUUUAGAAGCAUGCCCAGAAGAGGUACAGCUCUAGGGAAAAACAAUGAAAGGUCUACAAGACAGAGUAGUGAAGUUCGGAGCUCCACCAGAUCAGUUCGUAAAGUGUCUUAUGUGGAGAGCGAGGACAGUGAAGAAAUAGAUGAUGGGAAAAAUCGAAAAACCCAAAAGGAUGACAUUGAAGAAGAGGAUUGUGAUGCCAUUGAAAAAGUGCUUUGGCAUCAGCCAAAGGGCAUGAGCGGAGAUGCUCACACGGAUAAAAAAUUAACAGUUCCCGUCCUACUAAGCCAACUUUUUGAUAGUCAACCAGAUUGGAAUGAAAUGGAAUUCCUAAUAAAAUGGAAAGGUCAAUCACACUUGCAUUGUCAGUGGAAGUCAUUGAGCGAUCUCCAGAAUCUUAGUGGCUUCAAGAAGGUACUUAACUACACAAAGAAAGUGUCAGAGGAGAUUAGGUACAGGACAGUACUCUCACGAGAGGAGAUUGAGGUCAAUGAUGUGAGCAAAGAAAUGGAUCUGGACAUCAUUAAGCAGAAUUGUCAGGUAGAAAGAAUAAUUGCAGAUCGAAUCAGCAAAGAUGAUUUAGGUGACGUGGUGCCAGAGUAUCUUGUAAAGUGGCAAGGGCUUUCUUAUGCUGAAGCUACUUGGGAGAAGGAUGUCGAUAUAGCAUUUGCACAGGCUGCUAUUGAUGAGUUCAAGGCUCGUGAAGUUUCAAUUGCAGUGCAAGGAAAAAUGGUGGAACAGCAGCGUACAAAAGGGAAAGCAAGUCUGCGGAAGCUUGAGGAGCAGCCUGAGUGGCUAAGCGGAGGUACGCUACGGGACUACCAGCUGCAGGGUUUGAAUUUUCUCGUCAACAGCUGGCUUAAUGACACUAAUGUCAUUUUGGCUGACGAAAUGGGUCUUGGUAAGACUGUUCAGUCCGUUUCAAUGCUUGGGUUUUUACAGAAUACCCAACAAAUACCAGGUCCCUUUCUUGUCGUUGUGCCUUUGUCAACCUUAGCUAAUUGGGCUAAAGAAUUCAGAAAGUGGCUUCCUGACAUGAAUAUAAUAGUAUAUGUUGGCACCCGGGCGAGUCGAGAGGUUUGUCAGCAAUACGAAUUUUACAAUGAAAAGAAAGUUGGCCGGCCCAUAAAAUUCAAUGCUCUGUUGACCACCUAUGAGGUAGUUCUUAAGGAUAAAGCUGUUCUCUCCAAGAUUAAGUGGAUUUACUUGAUGGUGGAUGAAGCACAUAGACUGAAAAAUAGCGAGGCACAGCUGUACACGGCCCUUUUGGAAUUUAGCACGAAGAAUAAAUUGCUUAUUACUGGUACUCCACUACAGAAUAGUGUCGAAGAACUGUGGGCUCUGCUCCACUUCCUUGAUCCUGCCAAGUUCAAGAAUAAGGAUGAGUUUGUUCAAAACUACAAGAACCUUAGCUCAUUUAAUGAAUCUGAGCUCGCCAAUCUCCAUUUAGAAUUGAGACCUCAUAUUCUACGACGAGUGAUAAAGGAUGUGGAAAAGUCUUUGCCUCCAAAAAUUGAGCGUAUUCUAAGAGUUGAGAUGUCCCCUCUUCAGAAACAGUACUACAAGUGGAUACUGGAGCGCAACUUCCAUGAUUUAAAUAAAGGGGUGCGCGGUAAUCAGGUUUCACUUUUAAACAUUGUGGUGGAGUUGAAGAAGUGCUGCAAUCAUCCUUUCCUAUUUGAAAGUGCAGACCAUGGAUAUGGUGGUGACAUUAAUGAUAACACUAAACUGGAUAAGAUUAUCCUAAGCAGUGGAAAGCUGGUUAUCCUAGAUAAGCUGCUGGUUAGACUGCGUGAGACUAAGCAUCGCGUGCUUAUUUUUUCCCAGAUGGUAAGAAUGUUAGAUAUCCUGGCAGAAUACCUCUCUCUUAGAGGUUUCCAGUUCCAGAGACUGGAUGGUAGUACCAAGGCAGAACUUCGUGCGCAAGCAAUGGAUCAUUUUAAUGCUCCUGCUAGUGACGACUUCUGCUUUCUUCUUUCUACCCGAGCUGGUGGUCUGGGUAUCAAUCUUGCUACUGCUGACACAGUCGUUAUAUUUGACUCUGACUGGAAUCCACAGAAUGAUCUGCAGGCGAUGAGUCGAGCGCACAGAAUUGGACAACAAGAAGUUGUGAACAUUUAUAGAUUUGUCACGAGCAAAAGUGUUGAGGAAGAGAUCCUAGAGCGCGCCAAGAGAAAAAUGGUUCUUGAUCAUUUGGUUAUUCAAAAACUAAAUGCGGAGGGUAGGCUGGAGAAGCGGGAAACUAAAAAGGGAGCGAACUUUGACAAGAACGAGCUUUCUGCAAUAUUAAGAUUUGGAGCGGAAGAACUUUUUAAAGAGGAUAAAAAUGAAGAAGAAAGCAAAAAGCGGCUUUUAAGUAUGGAUAUUGACGAAAUCCUAGAGAGGGCAGAGCAAGUAGAGGAAAAGGAUGCUGGCGAAUCAGAGCAUGAACUGUUGGGUGCUUUUAAGGUUGCUAACUUUUGUAACGCUGAAGAUGAUGGGUCUUUUUGGAGUCGUUGGAUAAAACCUGAAUCUGUGGUCACAGCUGACGAAGCUCUUGCACCACGGGCCGCUAGGAAUACGAAGAGUUAUGUGGAUUAUGAGAGGAUCAAUCCUGACAGGACCAGUAAAAGAAAAAAGAAAGGAUCUGAACCUCCAGAGAGAAGUCAAAAGCGCAGAAAAGCUGAAUAUUUUGUUCCCUCAACUCCAAUAUUAGAGGGGGCUACAGCUCAAGUGAGAGGCUGGUCCUAUGGAAAUCUCCCUAAGAGAGAUGCACAACGAUUUUAUCGAACUGUGAUGAAGUUUGGUAACCAUAAUCAAAUUGCAUAUAUUGCGGAAGAGGUGGGUGGUGUUGUUGAAGCAGCCCCGGAAGAAGCACAAGUUGAGCUAUUUGAUGCUUUAAUUGACGGUUGUCGGGAAUCUGUUGAAACAGGAGAGUUUGAAUCAAAGGGUCCUGUGUUGGAUUUCUUUGGUGUGCCAGUAAAAGCAAACGAACUAUUGAAACGUGUGGAAGGACUCCAGCUCUUAUCAAAGCGUAUUAGUCGAUAUGACGAUCCAAUUACACAAUUCCGGGUGCUGUCGUACCUUAAACCUUCAAAUUGGUCCAAGGGUUGCGGUUGGAAUCAGAUUGAUGAUGCGAGAUUGCUUUUGGGAAUACUUUAUCAUGGUUUUGGGAACUGGGAGAAGAUAAGAUUAGAUGAGAGCCUUGGACUUGCAAAGAAGAUUGCUCCUGUUGAACUUCAACACCAUGAGACUUUUUUACCUCGUGCUCCAAACCUAAAGGAGCGUGCUACUGCACUUCUGGAAAUGGAACUUUCUGCAGCAGGAGGGAAAAACACAAAUGCCAAAGCAUCACGUAAAAAUUCCAAAAAGGUUGUUAUCAAUCAAUUGAAAGCACCUGCAAGAGACCGAAAAGGGAAAUCUGGUCCUGCCAAUCUGACAACAACAAAAGAUGUUGUUGGAACUCGGAGAACCCAAAACGCUGAGCCGUUGGUGAAGGAAGAGGGAGAAAUGUCUGAUGAUGAGGAAGUGUACGAGCAGUUUAAGGAGCAGAAAUGGAUGGAAUGGUGUGAAGAUGUAUUGGCUGGUGAAAUCAAAACACUUGAACGUCUACAAAGAUUGCAAACAAUUAGUGCGGAUCUGCCAAAGGAGAAGGUGCUUUUCAAAAUCCGGAGAUAUUUGCAAAUCCUUGGGAGGAGAAUAGAUGAAGUUGUUUUAGAACACGAAGAGGAUUCGUAUAAGCAAGAUAGAAUGACAAUGAGAUUAUGGAACUAUGUUUCAACCUUCUCAAACCUAUCAGGGGAUCGACUCAAUCAGAUCUACUCCAAAUUGAAGCAGGAGAGAGAGGAGGAAGAAGGGGUUGGACCAUCGCAACUAAAUGGCUCAACAGCCGGUAGGAGGCAACAAAGAUUCAAAACACCAGGACCUCCGCAAGUUCACAAGGGCAUUGACACAGCAAAAUUUGAAGCAUGGAAAAGGAGAAAAAGAACAGAAAAUUACGAUGUCCAUCAUCAAUCUGAGCGACCACCGAUAAGCAACAGCUCUAACUCACUGGGAAUACUGGGCCCUCCACCAUCUGAUAGAAGCCAUCGGGCACGCCAAGCUGGAUUUCCGCCAAGAUAAGUUUACUCUGGUACUUAACCAAUGCAAUAUGUAUGCUCCGUGCAGCUGACGGUGAACUCUGGAUUCUCAGUAGUUCGAAAAACAUAGAUACCCCCCGGAAGAUUCAAUUUCUUUUUCCCAACACAGCAGCAACCUUUGGUUUUCUGGUUGCUCAAAUUGGAGAUUGGCAUACCCGACCAGCUGAUGCGGAAUGAUUACAUAAUAUUAUAUAUAUCUGAGAAACUCACAAAUUUGUUAUUGAGCCAAGGGAUAGUACUUCAUGCAUAGUGCUUUGCUUAGGUGAAAUAGCUGUGGAUGUUAGUCUGAACUCUAUUUCUUUUAUAUAUGUUAUUACCCUUGGAAUAGAGCAAAAUCAAACUGUAUAUUACCAGUUUUGUUUAUUUUAAUUUCUAAAGUUCGUUGCAA